AUGUGCUGGCCUGAUUGUUGUGGUGUUUGCAUGAUGCUGUGUGUCGAGGACUAUGUCUUCUGGUUCUCAACUUUUACCAUUGCUUUAUACCGGCUUGCGUAUCACUUCAAGGGCACCCAGCUAGAGAAGAGCACGCUUGGCGGGCUAGUCGUUCAGGAUACCUUCACUUUGCACACAGUGAGAUCGAGUUCGAACGCAUCCUUCAUAGCACUGCUGGAUUCGAACACCCUUCCGCGGAACCAACAUCUCCUCAACUUCGAGACAAAACACAGAAGCUCAGACGCCUGA